AUGUCUCUCAAAUAUCUCAUAACCGGCGCAACUGGUGGGCUCGGUGAGCAAGUCCUCAAAUACUUUGUGGACAAUGUCGACCGCUCCCAAUUCGCCGCGGCAUCCUCCUCGGACAAGAACAGGGCUCGCUUUGAAGACCUCGGAAUCGCGUUCCGGCGUAUCGAUUACGACGACGAAGAAUCGCUCGAUUCGGGAUUACAUGGUGUUGAGAAUCUGCUUUUCGUGAGCACGAAUGUCUUCGAUAAUGAGCGACGUGAUAAGCAGCAUCGACGGCUCAUAAAUGCUGCCAAGCGAGCGGGCGUGAAGCAUGUCUGGUAUACAUCGCUUGCGUUUGGUGGCUUCUCGGAUAACUCCAAGGCUGCUGUUCAGCAAGUCCAUCUCAUCACAGAGAAACUUCUUAAGGAAUCCGGUCUCACCUACACUGCCAUCCGCGAAGGCGUGUACACAGAAGCCUUCCCUGUCUUCAUUAACUGGUAUCCAGACUCUACAACCGUCCGACUCCCUGCAGACGGAGAGAUAGCCUGGACUCGACGCACAGAACUCGGCGAAGCAACCGCCCGAAUCAUGAUCCGCGGCGGCUACGAGAACCAAACCGUGCUGUUUACUUCAGAAGAGACUAUCACCACGAAAGAGCUGGUGGAUAUCCUCAAUGAGGCGACGUCUCGGCAGGUGAAAUUCGAGAUUGUCUCGCCUGAGGAGUAUGUUCGUGUGAACAGUGCGAAUGAUCACGGCGGGAAACCACAGGCGUUCUUUGAAAUGGUUGCGACGUGGUGGCAGGAUAUUGCAAAGGGGGAACUUCGUACCACGGACGGGCUAAUGCGAGAUGUUCUUGGGAGAGAGCCGACGAAGCCGCGGGAUGCUAUUAAGCAAUUGCUGGCUGAGGAUAGGGAUUAUACCUGGCAUCAAAACUAUGCGCGAUCAUAA